AUGGCGAGGAAAGGUCACACGGAGUUCCCGCAGCUGGCAAAAUCCAAAGUCAUUGCCAUGCCAAUGGGUAACCAGACUCUUCUGUUCUUCUUUGUGCUUUAGGAAGGUGUCAAAAGCUUCAAGGAACUUCGAGCCAAAUUUCAAAAGCUCAAUGCCACACCUCUUCCAGGACCCAUUAAGCUUCCAGUUGGUGUUUCUCGAAAGGAUGAUAGAAGGUACACACAGUCAGCUCAGGAUCUGGCUAAUCGGAAGUGCCUCUCAUCCCACCACCAUCAAACCCUAUCUUAUUCUUCUACUGGAGUGUCCCAGCCUCUUCAGAAAAUGAAGUCGGCCCAGAGAGAUGAAAUUCAAAAGAGUUCAAGUUCCUCGGGACCUCCAGAAAAAUCUACAGUGUUUCCUGAAAAAAAUUUCCAGAAAGCUGCCAUGCCAUUGGAUGUAAAAAAAUCGAGAGCUGAGCCAUCCAAUGAGAAAGGAAUGGUCCUCAGCAGCUUCAGAUACAAGCUUUGGAACUGGGAGAAAGUCUCAUCUCAGAAGGGUGAAAUGUCCCCAGCUCCACGCCUUACCAACGGUGGGAUUAAGACCUUCCAUCUCGAAGGGCAGAAAGCCACGGGGCUUGCUCAGGGAAAACCAGAGGCGAGCCAGAAGGUAACAGGAGUCCAGACCCUUCCUCCCCAGAGCCAUUUGGUGGCUCAGAGAAAAUCACCCCUGGCCUCCAAAGCCUCCGGUUUAUCACUUCCUUGGAACAGCAGAAAGAGCACAGAAAGUCCUGGCGCUGAGGGGGGCCACAAGAGCAGCCCGUGCCAACCUGUUUAUGAGUGUGAACUUGACAGCCUGGUUCCAGAAAAGCCAGAGAGCAGAUAUCGCCAGCUUCCCAAAACAAAGCCACUGCCUUCCAUUGAAACCCUUGGUCCACCUCCACUGAAGCCUUCAAAGCCCCCAUUCGUGAACCUCUAUGUCUUCUACAGGCAGCCAGCUGCUGUCUCCAAGACCCCAAAAGAAGUGACUGUGAGAGAGGGCCCCCUGCCUCCAGACAGUGCAGAGUUGGAAGAAGCACAUAAUUAUGACACAACGAUUUCAUAUCUGAGACACUCUGGCAGCUCCAUUAACUUGUGUGCUGCAGAAGAAAGUGCUGAAGCCACUUAUGAAAUUGAGAUUGAAGAACUCCAAAAGCCUCAGAGGAGUUUUCUCCUUCCAGAACUGAGUCCUAAACCUAAAGAUGAAGCAAACACCAGGAAGGAAAAAGAGCCGUGUGAAUCAGAACCUCUGAAGCCAAGGAAGGAGUCGCACCCUAACCAUCCUCCCAAGGUAGUUGUCUAUGAAGAAACUCCAGGGAAAACCCAGAUGACUGGAGUCCGUGGGAACAGAAGGAGUGUGCCAGCUGGGAACCAGGAAGCCAUGACUGACGUCAUUCAGAACAGGCUCUUCCCCGAGGAGACAGCGCUGACUAGGCAUGCCCAGGAUAAGAGUGGGUAUGUGGAGGCUUUGGAGGUGACGAAAGAAACUCCAAGUCCCAGCACCAUUAGGUCAAAUUCCUCUUCAGAGAAGACAUAUGAUGAUGUGGAGUGUUCCCGAGAAGACAUACGAAAAUGGGACUUUUCUAGCUCGUUCACCUCAGACAGCGAAGAAAAUAGUGAAGAAAUGUAUGAAGAUAUCUACAAAACAAAGAAUAAUGAUCCCAAAACAGAUGUAGCUGGGAGGGCAGCGCUGAGAAGAUUGCAGCAGAUCUUCAGGAAAGAAAACGGCAUGUUCGGAAUGAAGAAAACCAAGUCAAAAGAAAUUGUCAGCAAUGGAUUUUCCGUGUCACUGCCUGACUUAGGACCUAGGUCUCAGGAUAUUAUCAUCUAUGACGAUGUGGAUACACAUACACGUGAGACAGAAUCAAAAGACGAAAAUAAAGUAAAAACUUGGAAGACUAAGUUUUUGACACCAAAAGGAAAAAAGGGGGUGAAAGGCAGCCAUGGAUCCAAAAGCUUUUCUCCCAGACAUUUCUUCAGAACCAAGAAGCAAAAAUUAGAAAAGAAUAGAAUGGAAAAAGAAGAAAAACUCUUCAGGGAAAGGUUUCAGUAUGGUAAAGAAAUCAUGGUCAUUAACAGAGCUGUAGCAUGUUCCAGUAAUUCACGAAAUGGAAUGCUUGAUCUGCCAAUAACUCCUGGGGAACAGCUGGAAGUCAUUGACACCACUGAGCAAAACUUAGUGAUAUGUCGCAAUUCCAAAGGCAAAUAUGGAUAUGUGCUCAUUGAACACCUAGAUUUCAAGUAA